ACAGCUGUGGGAUUCUAACCUCAAAAUUGUCGCGUGGUGCUGGCGAUAAAAGUUAAAAGUUAAACCGGCAAAAUUAUAAUAUUCUUCUCUUAAAAUAGUAUUUAAAAGAGGUUUAAACAUGUGAUAUAUUAGUUUUCGAAGCGUUUUAUUCUUUAAGUGUUUACAAACAUUUCAUUUUCUGAAAGUUGCAUAUUUUUUCGAUUUAUUGUUGACGGAUGAAACUGACUGUAUUGUUUUUCUGCUUUAUUAAUUUAAAAAGGAGAGCAACAUGAGUCUUUUUGUUAUAAACAGAUAUACGGGAGAUGAGGAGAUUGAGAAACUGGAUACUGAAGAAAGUCAUCUCCUGCAACUACAGAAAAGGAUUGCAGAACGGAAACGACAAAAGGAACUUGCUGCUGCACAACGUUCCAAGGAGUCUCUGGAACCUGAGAAUGCAAAAAAAAAUAAGAAAUACAAAAAGGGGAAAAAACAAAAUGGUUUUGAAUUAAACGAAACCCUGAAUUCAUCGACUGCAGAAGGUGACUUAGAUUUAUCUACAAGUUUCAUUAAUGGAGAAAUAAUUAAAAAGAAGAACGGAAAGAAAGGAAAAGAUAAAAUUGAAAACUCUUUUAUGGAAGUAGAUAAAGAUGAGAUUGAAAUGAAAGUAGAACAUUUACAAUUAAAUGGUUCGGCAGAAGUUCACCAAAUAGAGAAAUUAGGAAAAAAGAAAGGAAGUAAAAAUGCCGAGGAAGAAAUCAGUAAAGAAUCUAGAAUGGAAGAGGACGAAGGGGAAAUUCUCCAACCAGAUAUAACGGAAAAUCAAAUGACUAAGUUUACCAAGAAGAAGAAAAAGAAAGAGAAAAAGAAGCAGGAAGAUGUGGAUAUUUCAAUUGAAGGUUUAGGUCGCGAUGAUCUCCUAAAAGCACGGGAAAAAUUGACAAAAUUGGCAGAGGAUCUUAAUAAUUCUGAGGAUGAUUCGGAGGAAGAGAGGCAGGAGUUCACAAUUUUGAAAGCUGGGAAGAAAAUGAAGGGGGAAAUUGUUAAAAGAGUUUUGCCAGAUUGGCUAGCGAAUCCGGAAGUUGUUUCUUCCGUUUUAAACAGUGGACCUUCUCUUGAAGAAGUUAAGGAAGAAGGCCAGUUGGAUUUGAAGCUUAUCGAAAUUCUAGAGAGUCAGGGUUUCGAUAAACUCUUUCCGAUUCAGGCUGGACUACUAUCAUGGCUAUUAAAAUGCAACGAGGAUAGGAAAAAAGGACUAUGGGCGAGAGAUACUUGUGUUUCUGCUCCCACCGGAAGUGGUAAAACUUUGGCUUAUGUCCUACCCAUCGUGGAAAUACUGAGGACUAGAUUUAUACGAAAAAUUCGUUGUUUAAUUGUAUUGCCUGUACAGGAAUUGGCAACGCAGGUUUUUAAAGUGACACAAAAGUUUGCGAGUCAUUCGACUUUUGAGAAUACGCGGUUAAAGGUGGGAUUAGUUUCGGGAGCUGCUUCCUUUGAAAAAGAGCAGGAAGGACUUGUAUCUAAAGAUCACAAGGGAAAUUCCAUAAGUCGAAUCGAUAUUCUCGUAGCAACCCCUCGCCGUUUAAUAGAUCACAUACACCGUACACCUGGUUUUUAUCUCAGCGACCUUGAAUUCCUUGUAAUCGAUGAAGCAGAUCGAGAAACUUUUGAUUGGCUUCAAGAACUUCCAAUGCCGCAUUCCAAAGCACCCAUUCUCACUCUUCACAACAUUUUGAACAAUCCGAUUCCAGCUCAGAAGUUACUUUUCAGUGCGACCCUGUCUCAAGAUCCCGAGAAACUGAGUAGACUCGGGUUAUUUCAUCCCAUUUUAUACACGACAGCUGUAGUAAAAGGCAGAGACGACGAUGUGAAUUUGGACAAGGAAUUCGGUUGCGAUAAGAAGGAAGAAGGAGACGCUGCGAGAUACAGUAGUCCUAAUGAAUUGAUGAUAAGGACAGUCGAAUGUGCAGAAGAACAUAAACCAGUUGCUGUUUAUCAUCUCUUGGCGAAAAUUGAUCUCAUGGAGGAGAAAACUUUAAUUUUUACAAAUUCCUGUAACUCUGCUCACCGUCUUACUCUUCUUGUGAAGUCGCUUUUAGGAGAUAAGAAGGAUCUUGCGGCGGAAAUGUCGGGACAGAUGAGUUCGAAAAGAAGGAAGCAAGAGUAUCAAAAGUUCUUCAAGGGAGUGACGCGGGUGUUGAUUUGUUCAGACGUCUUGGCUCGAGGAGUCGACAUUCCUGGAAUAAAAUUGGUAAUAUCCUACGAUCCGCCAAAACACAUGGAGGCUUUUAUCCAUAGAGCAGGUCGAACUGGACGGGCUGGAGUUCCAGGCACAGCUGUUUUUCUCCUCAUGCCUAGACAGGUUUUAGUUUUUAAAAAACUUCUCACUGACGCCAAAAGACCGGUGCCGGACAUCGAAGUGGAAGAUUUUACAUCUUUAGCUCAAGAAAUUAAUUAUGAAACUCAUGUGCAGAACUUGAAAGAGUCUCUUGAAAAAGAACGCAACGAUAGUUUCAAAAAAAGAAAAUCGAGCAAUAAAUUUGGAGGAUUAAGAAGAACGUGAAUUGGCACUAUUUUUGGAUAUUUUUUUCUUGAACAGAAAAUUCUGUAAAUCAUGCUUUGAAUGAUUGAGUGAAUGCUUCAUUAAAUAAUAAUAAAUAUUUGUAAAUAUAGUUUGAUAAGAAAAUUAUCGGAAUAAAAGUAAAAAGUGGAAAUU